AUGGACUUUGAAGAGUGUUUGGAAGCAACUGGUGAGAAACUGGCUUUUAUUGAUGCAGUAGAACAUAUAUGCUCUAUUUGGCAAGAAUGUAAGACGAAGGCUUACUGGGUGAGUGCUUUCCAAGGUAAUGUUGCAUUCAGCGAUGACCCACUCACAAGGAGUGGCAGAAAUUCAGCUACUGACUUAUCAAUGGUGGACCUGCAUCUAAAUUCCAAAGGAGGUUGCGUCUCUCUCUCUGUGGACUGUAAGGAGGUUUGGUCUCCAAAUAUUCUUGCGAGGAUAGUUGAUCAGUUUGGUUAA